CUGCUGACGAGAAAACACACACAAACAACGAUGGCGAUGCCGAUGCCGACAGCACCUCCGAUGGAGAACACGACCCUUGUGGGACACCCGCCUCCUCCAUCAUACGAUGAGAUCUCAGGCGCAAACCCUUAUUAUCCAGCAGGCCCUUAUCCUCCAGCGGACAUGAAGGCAUCUGGUCCUCCUCCAUAUCCGACACAAGAAUACAAUCAGAUGUACCCACCGACCGCACAAGGACAACCUGUCACCAGUCCCGUCGUAGCCGUCCAGACAGUCUAUGUUCAGCCUGGCCUGGUGUUUGGUAACGUCCCGGUUCAGGCUCACUGCCCAGUGUGUUCACAGUCCGUCAUCACUCGUCUGGAGUACUCCUCAGGACCCCUAGUCUGGCUCUCCUGUGCAGGACUGGCCGUUUUUGGCUGCAUCUACGGCUGCUGCCUAAUUCCCUUCUGCAUAGAGGACCUGAAGGACGUCACGCACCACUGUCCAAACUGCAGCAGUGUUUUAGGGGUGCACAAGAGAUUCUGAAGUCCCUCCAGAGCUGGGAAACACAGCUACUGUGCAUUUAAGAUGGAAGGAAGUUACAGCGAAUUCAUUCUUUGAGUAAGAGAUGAUUCACCAAUCUGUGCCACUCACAAACUGACAUGUGAUCAUACAUACACAUUCACACAUGCACAUUUACAGCUAUGGAGGAAAAAUAAAUACGAAUAAGAGCACUUGAAAACAUUUGCUAUUCCAUGACCCAUUCUGUCAUUAUCAGAUCUUUAUUAAUAAAAACAAAUAUUCAAAUUUGUAAUAUCAUAAAUCUAGAGAAACUGAGAAUUUUCAAGCAGUCUCUUAAUUUAUUUAUUUUCCUUAGCUGUCUUUAUUAAAAUGAUCAUAACUGUCUUACCUCUGUAAACUCUGAUUUCACUGAAAAUUAAAUGUAAUCUUUUUUUAUUGUAUAAUUUAAUAGCAGAACUGUAAGGAAAUCUCUUUUGUUUGUGAUUAAAGCUUAAUUACGGUGUAAUUCCACUUAAACUUUCAUAGAAAAUAAUUCUAGAAAUAAAAUGUAUAUCUCACUUAAAUGUCUGUGUGUCCAUCAGGAGAUGUCAUUUGCAAAUAAAAGUCAGAGCAACAUAGUGUUGAACAAACUAAUAAAUGCAGCGCUGCAAAAAUAAUCAUCGUAAUGAGUAAAAAAAAAAACACUAUUAGGGCAAAACCCGCUGGAGAUCUUCCACUUCAUAGAUCCAGUUUCUCCUGUGAAUGGCUGCGUUUGCAGAAAGGUCUGCCAUUUUCACAGCUCGCAGGACUGGUUCUGGACUGUGAGACUGGAUGACACCCAUAACCAUGACGUAUUUACCUGUGGACAAAGGACAUUAAGCUGUGAACAUAAAACACACUGCGUGGAGUGUUGUGCUUGCAUAACAUUGCGUGCAAUAAAGGGCCUGUUCCAAUUCACACACUUCCCGUUUUGGCCAUGUACACAAAAGUGAAUGUGCAACUAGACACAUCUAGGUCUCUAAGCCACGUUUACACCGUCAGGUCUUGAUGCCCAAUUCCGAUUUGUUACCUACAGUAUAUCUGAUUUUUUUUUUGCCAGUAUGUUUACACGCUCUUUUAAUUGUGUCUGAUUCAUGGGUUUACACUUGCCAUACAAUUCACAAUGACAUGUAUGUGUAAAGGUGGAUUCUUGUUUAAGAAAUUGUCUUGAUUUUAGCUCUGCGAAAUAUGUGAAGUUCGCCCAACUUUAAAAUGAUUUUGAGGUGGAGGAGGAGGGAAAGUGCCGUCAUUGCAGCUUGCGCCUAUAUACGGUGUCCUCCACCAUUCAGAGAAAUUUGUGGGUACAAGAUCUCAGCUCUCUUGGGAGCAAAUUGUGGUGGGGUUUGAUGAAGAGCAAUGGGUCCGAAAUUUUAGGAUGAGCACACACACACACACGCUCCUCUUUCUACACUAUUAAACUGAGGAGAAGUACCACAUUGUCACAAGUUUAAUGACUUACAAAAUAAAAUGCCCCAAUAAAUCCGCUCUGCCUGUUUACAUGA